AUGGCGUGCGUCUCCUGCUACGGAGGUGCCCAGGGAUAUGGGGAGGGACCUUUGCCUGGUACUGCCUCCUGCUGUCGGGGUAGAGAACUGCUUCCAACUGUCCUUCCCCUCUCUCAGGUGUUUUACAACGGCGCCACCGUGAAGCAGGUGGAUGUCCCCACGCUGAGCGGCUCCUUCGGCAUCUUGGCGGCUCACGUUCCCACCUUGCAGGUCCUUAAACCCGGAGUUGUGACGGUCUUUACCGAGGACGGCACAGCGACCAAGUAUUUUGUGAGCAGUGGCUCCAUCACAGUCAAUGCUGACUCCUCGGUGCAGCUGCUGGCAGAAGAGGUGGCCACUUUGGACAUGCUGGAUCUCGCUACUGCUAAGUCGAAUCUGGAUAAGGCCUUAUCCCAGCUGGCUGCAGCACCUGACGAAACGGCUAAAGUAGAAGCCCAGAUUAACGUGGAAGCCAGUGAGGCCCUUGUGAAAGCCCUGGAGUAAUUAGGGGUGUCGAUGUGCAGAAGCCAUGGACUGGGGCUGGGCCCGGCUCCCCUCCCCCCACCACCCGUUUGUACAGAUGGCAUGAGACAGAUUCGCUUUGAUCAAUUAAAGAAAACAAAAGCCCCAA